GCACCGCCCCUCUGCCUUCAUCGCCACCACGCAGCCUGCCUGAAGCCUGGUGGCGGCGUGGGGAUGGCGCUGAGUCUCACGGUGAACGCGGGGAACCCCCCGCUUGGAGCCUUGCUGACUGUAGAACACAUGAAGAACGAUGUUGAAAUUUUAGUUGAAGAAGGCAAAGAGACCGUCCUCCGUAUAUCUGAUCAUGUUACAUUCACUGAUGCAAAUUCUAUAGCCCGCUAUCUUGCUAGGGUUGCCACUUCUGCUGGGCUAUAUGGUUCAAAUAUUUUGGAGCACACAGAGAUUGACCAUUGGCUGGAAUUCAGUGCUACAAAGUUAUCUGCUCCAUCCGAGUUUCCUUCAGCAAUCCAUGAACUCAAUCACUGCUUGUCUCUGAGAACCUAUUUGGUUGGGAAUUCCGUGAGUCUGGCAGACUUGUGUGUCUGGGCUGUACUAAAAGGCAGUAAUAUAUGGCAGGAAGAGUUGCAACAAAACAAGGCUCCAGUCCAUGUGAAACGCUGGUAUGGCUUUCUUGAAGCACAGUGUGCCUUUCAGUCAGUGGGUACCAAGUGGGCUGCUGCUACGCCAAAGACUAACGUGGUAACAGAGAAGAAACAGGAUGUUGGGAAAUUUGUUGAACUCCCUGGUGCAGAGGUGGGGAAGGUCAUUGUACGAUUUCCUCCUGAGGCCAGUGGGUACUUACAUAUUGGUCACGCAAAAGCUGCUCUGCUAAAUCAACACUAUCAGGUUAACUUUAAAGGAAAGCUCAUCAUGAGGUUUGAUGACACAAAUCCUGAAAAAGAAAAAGAAGACUUUGAAAAGGUUAUUCUGGAAGACGUUGCGAUGCUUCACAUCAAACCAGAUCAAUUUACAUAUACCUCAGAUCAUUUUGAAACAAUAAUGAAAUACGCAGAGAAGCUCAUUCAAGAAGGGAAAGCUUAUGUGGAUAACACUCCUGCAGAACAAAUGAGAAUGGAGCGUGAACAGAGAAAAGAAUCCAAACACAGAAAUAACUCUGUAGAAAAGAAUCUGGAAAUGUGGGAAGAAAUGAAAAAGGGAACAGAAUAUGGACAAACCUGUUGUCUACGAGCAAAAAUAGACAUGAGUUGUAACAAUGGAUGUAUGAGAGAUCCAACUCUUUAUCGUUGCAAAAACCAGCCACAUCCACGCACUGGAAAUACCUACAAGGUUUACCCUACGUAUGACUUCGCCUGCCCCAUUGUUGACAGUAUUGAAGGUGUUACACAUGCAUUGAGAACGACAGAGUACCAUGACAGAGAUGAACAGUUCUACUGGAUCAUUGAAGCCUUGGGUAUAAGGAAGCCAUACAUCUGGGAAUACAGCCGUCUGAACCUCAACAACACUGUGCUAUCUAAAAGAAAACUCACGUGGUUUGUCAAUGAAGGGCUGGUGGAUGGAUGGGAUGAUCCAAGAUUUCCCACUGUCCGUGGUGUGCUGAGAAGAGGUAUGACAGUUGAAGGAUUAAAACAGUUUAUUGCAGCACAAGGCUCCUCUCGAUCUGUCGUGAACAUGGAAUGGGACAAAAUUUGGGCAUUUAACAAAAAGGUUAUAGACCCAGUAGCACCUCGGUACACUGCUUUACUGAAAGAUGAAAUGGUCACUGUGAACAUUCCCGAAGCUGUGGAGGAGAUGAAAGAAGUGGCCAAACACCCAAAGAAUCCUGAUGUUGGGUUGAAGCCAGUGUGGUACGGCUCUAGAGUGCUGAUUGAGGGUGCAGAUGCAGAUACGCUGACAGAGGGAGAAAUGGUUACGUUCAUAAAUUGGGGCAACAUUAUUAUCACUAAGAUACACAGAAACCCAAACAGGAAAAUUGUAUCGAUUGAUGCCAAGCUGAACUUAGAGAACAAGGAUUACAAAAAAACUGCUAAGAUCACUUGGCUAACAGACACGCCAUCUGCACCUCUUAUCCCAUCUGUCUGUGUUAACUAUGAACAUCUCAUCACCAAACCAGUGCUGGGCAAAGAUGAAGAUUUCAAGCAGCAUGUCAACAGAAAUAGCAAGCAAGAAGAACUGAUGUUAGGUGAUCCCUGUCUUAAGGAAUUGAAAAAAGGGGACAUUAUACAGCUUCAGAGAAGAGGAUUCUUUAUUUGUGAUCAACCCUAUGAGCCAAUUAGCCCAUAUAGCUGUAAAGAGGCUCCGUGCAUUUUGAUUUAUAUCCCUGAUGGACACACAAAGGAAAUGCCAACAUCUGGCUCAAAGGAGAAAACCAAGGCAGAAACUGCAAAGAAAGAGGCUAGUUCUGCUUCCAAGGAAAAGCCUACUCCUCCACUUGUUGCUAAUACCUCUACUGCACCUGAGGACCCUGUGGUACUUUACAAUAGAGUGUCUGCUCAGGGUGAUGUGGUUCGUGACUUGAAAGCUAAGAAGGCAUCAAAGGAAGAUAUUGAUGCUGCUGUGAAACAGCUAUUGGCCUUGAAAGCAGAAUACAAGGAAAAGACUGGCCAGGAAUACAAACCUGGAAACCCACCUGCAACAGUGAUCCCUAGUAAAUCUUCACCUGUUUCUACUUCAUCUCCAUGCGCAACAGACAGCAAAUCUCUAUACAGUAAAGUAGCUGAACAAGGUGAAGUGGUCCGCAGACUUAAAUCUGAGAAAGCUUCAAAGGAUAAAGUGGACGAAGCUGUCAGAGUCCUCCUGUCUCUAAAAGCAGAAUAUAAAGAAAAGACUGGACAAGAUUACAAGCCAGGCCAUCCACCAGCAGCUCAGACAUCUGCUUCACCCCAGGCAACAAGCACAGAAACCAGUGGUUCAGACACACCAGAAGCCAAAGCCCUGUAUGACAAGGUAGCUCUUCAAGGAGAAGUCAUUCAAAAACUAAAAGCAGAGAAAGCAGAAAAGGACAAAAUAGAUGCAGCAGUGCAGGAACUCCUUCAGCUGAAGGCCCAGUACAAGUCUUUUGCUGGAGUAGACUAUAAACCUGCCUCAACAACUGGCAUUGAAGAUAAAGAUAAGAAAAAGAAAGAGAAGGAAAAUAAGUCUGAAAAGCAGAAUAAACAACAAAAACAAAAUGAAACCCCGAAGAAAGAAUCUCCAAAAGAACAGAGUGCCAAUGACCUCUCUUCAAAUGGAGCAGGAGAAGGUCAAGGCCCUAAGAAACAGACGAGGCUGGGGCUUGAAGCUAAAAAAGAAGAAAAUCUUGCUGAUUGGUUCUCUCAGGUGAUCACGAAAUCGGAGAUGAUUGAAUACUACGACGUGAGUGGCUGUUAUGUUCUUCGUCCGUGGGCUUAUGCGAUCUGGGAAGCCGUCAGAGAUUUCUUCGACACCGAGAUAAAAAAACUUGGUGUGGAAAACUGCUAUUUCCCUAUGUUUGUGUCUCAGGCUGCACUAGAGAAAGAAAAAACUCAUAUUGCUGACUUUGCCCCUGAGGUUGCUUGGGUUACAAGGUCUGGCAAAACUGAACUGGCUGAGCCAAUUGCUGUACGUCCUACAAGUGAAACAGUUAUGUAUCCUGCCUAUGCAAAAUGGGUGCAGUCUCACCGAGAUCUUCCUAUCAAGCUUAAUCAGUGGUGUAAUGUAGUGCGUUGGGAGUUCAAACAUCCCCAACCCUUCCUCCGCACUCGUGAAUUCCUUUGGCAGGAAGGACACACUGCAUUUGCCACUUACGAAGAAGCAGCAGAAGAGGUAUUACAGAUUCUUGAUCUGUAUGCUAGAGUAUAUGAAGAAUUCUUAGCAAUACCUGUUGUGAAAGGAAGAAAAACUGAAAAAGAGAAAUUUGCAGGCGGUGACUAUACAACAACAGUGGAGGCAUAUAUAUCUGUUAGUGGAAGAGCUAUCCAGGGAGCAACAUCCCAUCAUCUUGGGCAGAAUUUUUCUAAGAUGUUUGAGAUUGCGUUUGAGGAUCCUAAGAAGCCAGGCGAGAAACAGUUUGCUUAUCAAAACUCUUGGGGCAUUACAACUCGGACCAUUGGUGUAAUGACCAUGAUUCAUGGAGAUAACAUGGGGCUGGUACUGCCACCUCGGGUAGCUUGUGUUCAGGUUAUAAUUAUUCCUUGUGGCAUCACAAAUUCACUUUCUGAGGAAGACAAAGAUGCCCUGCUGAAGAAAUGCAAUGACUACCUUAAGAGGCUGCUCAGUGUUAAUAUUCGUGUCCGUGCUGACUUAAGAGACAAUUAUUCACCUGGUUGGAAGUUCAAUCACUGGGAGUUAAAGGGUGUUCCAAUUAGGUUGGAAGUGGGACCACGAGAUAUGAAGAACUAUCAGUUUGUUGCUGUCAGAAGAGACACAGGACAGAAGUUGACAUUGGCUGAAGAUGAGGCAGAGGAUAAACUCGGCCAGAUUUUGGAGGAGAUCCAUGCUAACCUCUACAACAGAGCAUCUGAAGACCUGAAAAAUCACAUGGUGGUGUCUAACGAUAUGGAUGACUUUCAGAAAGAACUUGAUUCUGGAAAGAUUGUGCAGAUUCCCUUUUGUGGGGAGAUUGAAUGUGAGGACUGGAUCAAGAAAACUACUGCCAGGGAUCAAGAUCUUGAGCCUGGUGCUCCAUCCAUGGGAGCAAAAAGUCUCUGCAUCCCCUUCAAACCUCUCUGUGAGCUGCAGGCUGGAACAAAAUGUGUAUGUGGCAAGAACCCUGCCAAGUUCUACACUCUGUUUGGCCGUAGUUACUAAACUGCUAGUGAAAGCACCUUAUCCCUUAUCUCGGAAUUCAACUUUUUUUAAUAAGACUGAAGUAUCCCCAGAACUUAUCAGUUUUGUGACUUUUUAAAGAAUUCGAAAAACAAAGCCAUAAACUAUAAUAAAUAAAUAAAUAAAAUAAAUCCCCCAGUCAUCAGUCCUAGACUAGCAGUACUGCACAGACUUUUCUGUAAACAUCUCUAAUAAUAAAUAUGUAUUGUGAGCUAUAA